CCAGAUUGAGAAAGGAAGUGCCAGUGCAUGGGCUGUUAUUAUCAAAGACUGACUACUGUACGUGGUCCUGGGCUUUUUCUUCUUUCCUUUCCUUCAUUUGUUUGCAUAUUGUGGAAAUUGUUCUAGCUGGCUAAGGGAAAAAAUUACACUUCCUUCUCUGAUGACUUUGUGGUUCCAGACCAGGAAAUCGUGAAGCAGACUGAUCUGCAUUUCUCAGGAGUGCGGACGCAUUUUUAAAAGGCAGCGCAAGUGAGGGAGGAGAGAGAGAAGAGGGAGAGAGAGAGAGGGAGAGAGCGAGCGAGAGAGAGAGAGAGAGAGAGAAAAAGAGGAAAGACUGCGCGAUUUUCUAUGUUUGCGCGCAGCCUGUGUCUUGUGUAGCGGUCCGCGGAGCUCAUGGAACAGUGAACAUGGCUGCGAAGGACGAGCUCUACUCCAAAGUGACUCCCAGGAGGAACAAGCAGAACCGACUAGGGACUAUCAAGCACGGAUCGUCUCUCGAUGUGCUGCUGUCAAUGGGCUUCCCCAGGUCCAGGGCUCAGAAGGCCCUGGUCUCAACAGGAGGAAGAAGUGUCCAAGCAGCAUGUGACUGGUUGUUUGCCCAUGUUGAUGACCCAUUCCUGGAUGACCCCCUUCCCCGGGAAUAUGUCUUGUAUCUGCGCCCAACAGGCCCCCUUGCACAUAAGCUCUCUGAAUUUUGGCAGCAGUCACGGAUCUCCUGUGGUAAAAACAAGGCACACAAUAUUUUCCCACACAUUACACUGUGCCAGUUCUUUAUGUGUGCCGACGGCAAAGUGGAUGCCCUAUGUGAUGCCCUGCACAGUGUCGUAAUCAAGUGGCGCAGCAAGUUCCCUGUCCCUCUGCCUCUGGAACUUUAUACGUCCUCCAACUUUAUUGGGCUCUUUGUUGAGGAGCAGUGUGCUGAGGAGCUCAAAAAGUUUGCUGCUGACUUUGCCUCAGAAGCUGCCUGCAAAGCAGAUGUCCAUGUGGAACCACAUAAGAAACAACUCCAUGUCACCCUGGCAUACCACUUCCAAGCUAACCAUCUGGGUACACUGGAGAAACUGGCCAAAACUAUUGAUAUCAAGUUGGGCUGUGAUUGGGUGGCUGCUCUUUUCUCUAGGGACAUCCGUUUUGCGAAUCAUGAGACUUUAAGAGUGAUGUACCCUUACACACCUCAAAAUGAAGAUGAGCUAGAGCUGGUGCCAGGAGACUUUAUCUUCAUGUCACCAAUGGAGCAGACCACCACCAGUGAGGGCUGGAUCUAUGGUACCUCACUGACUACUGGCUGCUCGGGCCUCUUACCAGAGAACUAUAUCCUUCGGGCAGAUGAGUGUGAUACCUGGGUUUUUCACGGGUCUUAUUCAUUCCUCAAUCUAGGUUCACCAAUAGGAUUUGGCAUGAGUGACAGGGUCUUGGAUGGCAAGCUACUAGAAGAACAUGGCCCAGCAGAGUCUCCCAGUCUCAGUGUGAUCUGUCAGCCAAUGCAGGUACUGCGGCUAAACCCACACACACAAAUUCCAAAGCGCUGCCUAUUUGUGUGCCGACAUGGUGAGAGGAUGGAUGUUGUAUUUGGAAAGCACUGGCUUUCACAGUGUUUCGAUGUGAAAGGUAGAUAUGUCCGUACGAAUUUAAACAUGCCUGCCAGUUUACCUCAGCGGAGUGGUGGAUUCCGGGAUUAUGACAGAGAUGCACCCAUCACAGUCUUUGGGUCAACGCAAGCCAGGCUAGUAGGUGAGGCUUUGUUGGAGAGCAACACUGCUGUUGACUUUAUCUACAGUUCCCCCUCAUUGCGCUGUGUGCAGACUGCUCAUAAUAUACUAAAGGGAAUGCAACAAGAAAAUAAACUGAAAAUUCGAGUAGAGCCUGGACUAUUUGAAUGGACUAAAUGGGUAUCAGGUAGCACUUUACCAGCCUGGAUUCCCUUGGCAGAUUUAGCUGCAGCCAAUCUGAGUGUGGACACAACAUACAGACCUCAUAUACCAAUCAGCAAACUAGGAGUUUCUGAGUCCUAUGAGACCUACAUCAGCAGGAGUUACCAGGUGACAAAGGAAAUCCUGUCAGACUGCAAAAGCAAAGGUAGUAAUAUUUUGAUUGUAGCACAUGCUUCCUCACUAGAAGCCUGCACUCGCCAGCUCCAAGGUCUGCCCCCUCAGAACUCCAAGGACUUUGUGCAAGUUGUUCGGAAGAUUCCUUACCUGGGUUUCUGUGCUUGUGAUGAACUUGGUGAUACUGGAGUUUGGCAGCUGGUGGACCCCCCCAUUCUACCCCUAACCCAUGGGCCAAAUCACUGCUUCAACUGGAGAGAGACCCUAUUGGACAACUGAUUGCAAGGUUGCCCAAGGAUUCAGCUGUAAAAGUCAAGUUCUCCAAAUGCUUUAGCCCUCUUGUCACCACAUUGUGCCAAUGUGGCAAACAAAUCAACAUUACAUCAUCUCUCUGUGUCUUUAGUGUUCAAACAGUUUGACUCUAAAAAACUGUUUCUAAGUAACCAAGCAUUGGGUGCCAUCCUGCUUCAUGGCACAAUGCCUCUUGAUUUCUGUUGAAUGUGCUCAGUCUCACCACAGAAUUGCCUUUGCACGGUGAAACAAAGGGAGUGAGCAUUACUGCACUUUGGAAAGUUGUGAAAAACCUGUAAGUGUUUGGUUUCACUUACCUCACCAUACCUUCCUCCAAUGCUUUUUGUGAUAUUUGUAGCAUUUUGUGUCUCUGACCAUUUUUUAAUUCACUAAGUUGUGAAGCCAUGGGGUGAAGGACAGGGUACAAGUGUUGGAGGAGUCUGGCUUUUCUCUGAAACAGUACAAGUCUUUGGUUGCUUGAGCAGCCUAUACUUUGACUUGGAGAGCAUCAAGUGACACACAGAAGGGGUCUAAAUUGUUUUCUCAGUAUGGUGGAGAAAAGCAGAGCAAAUGUGAUGAGCUGUUUAUGGUGCAUGUUAGUGUGGAAUCAACGUCACAUUGAAUUCAAUGUCUUAAAUAGUAUAUUCACAACACCUGGAAGAAACAUGUCUCUGAUCCUGUAUAUUGGCUAGUUACUUAUGGCGUAUAAAAGUUCAAAUGUUUAGCCAGUUCCCAAAGAUAUGUCUCAAAAGGGACCUUGGUUUUUCUGAAAUUUAGCAGAAACUGGAAUCUGUGACUAAUGCAAUUACUUUUGAGAGCUCUGCAAGCUGUUCUAUGCAGGAAGGUAUAGCUAUUUGUGAAAUAAUUUAUUUUUUUGAUGUUAAAUGCUGGGUGAGGGUGGGGUGGGUUGGGGAGUACGAAAUUAUGCUGGAGAAAAUUCCAGCACUUCCAUGGAAAAUAUGAUUUGUGAAACUUGAGAAGCGCACUUUCAUCCGUGGUUUCCCAGGCACAGCAGCACCCAAAUAGUAGGCUUUCUCCUUAUAUUUUCAGAAAUAUAUCAUUCAAUCUAUGGAUCCUAAGUUGAAUAACCUGAGAUGACAAUACUAAAAAAAAAAAUGUCUACCACUGCGGCACUGCACUUCAAGUAUACCAGUUUCCCUUUGGGAGGCCAAAGAUAAGCUCUUCCACCCAUCAGUCACCAUCCAUCCAGCCAAACCUGCCUCCCUUUAACUUUUGACAUUUGAAUAUUUUUACUGGAGAGUGAGAUGAUUCUCUUGUGACAUAUUUAUAAUUUAUUGUGGUGUAGGCAGGGCCUCUUUGCACAUGGACUAACUUCAGAAUACUUCAUCUAAUAGUUGGCUUCUAAUAUUGUCAAGGAAAUAUUCUGGGUAACGCCUUGAGCUUAGCUUUGUCUGCAGUGGCUUUAUGCACUAAGAGUAUUUCAUUUUAGGCAGUAUAUUUAAAUUUCAGUAUACUAGUUUGAAACAUGUUUGUGCUGUAGGUUCAACAGGCUGUUUAAUAUGUAUUUUGUAAAUUGUGAACUUAAUGUCUUUAAAUGACUGUAAUUUUUUAUUUUUUUUUGCCUUAAAUAUCCUUGUCUCAUUUAAUUAUUUCCCUUUUUCAUUCAUUCAUUCAGUUAUUUUCAAAAAUUGAUCAUUUCAAUUCAGUGGGAGGUGGAUCUCAUCCUAAUGGCCUUGAUUGAAAGGCUGGUACAAAGUUUGAAUAGAAAGACAUUCUAUUAGAGCUCCCAGUCACUUCAAAAUUGUUUAUAUGUGAAGAGAUCUCUGAGAUAGUCCAUGUUAACUAGUUGUAUUGGGGCCAGUGGGAGGUUUGUGGUGUAAGGACACCCCAAUAGGCAGUAAACUUACUGGUAUGGGAAUGCAGCAUUCUGGAGUUGUGUGGCUGCACCACUAAACAAUGUGCCACCAUACUGCCCAACUGUAUUUUCUGAAAGUCACCUCCAUUCGUAUGCCGCAAAAUAUGUUAUUAUUUAGCCAUGUAUUCUCAUAUUCCUUUAUCUCAUGUCAGUUGCAUAAUUAAUUUUUUCAUUUACAAAAACUGUUCUAAAGAUAUAAGGUUUGACUUUUUUUCUGAAAUAUAUUCUCAAGUUUAAACUAGUCAUCUAUUUAAAAGAACUGAUUCCAUUCAUAAAACAGGUUACUUUUUCCACAACAUACAAUCUCUUAAAUUCUAUUACCCUUUUUCAAUGACUUACUGACUCAUGGCAAAGAAGUGUUACAUCAUCCUGUAUGUCUUCUUACCACUUCCCAUCUAGGUGUUAAUUUAACAUUUGCAGAUCUCUUUGGUGCUAUUCAUAAAGUCUUUUUAAGAAAUUUGAAUACUAUGUUUACCUCAGGAUCUCUUUAACCCACUUGAGUUUAACUGCAGUAAGUUCAAAAAAACAUGUAAUGAAAGAAUUCCUAAUGCUCACUGCCACCAAGUGUGUUUUUGUACCUUGAAGUAUCUCAACCCUCAGUGAGUUCCUUCUGCUUACUGUAAUUCUGCUGCGUGACAGAGAAUGCAGUUGAACUCCUGUUUAAUCUAUAAAAGAGUGUUGUAAUUCUGAGUAAACAGGGGAAAGACAGAGAAAAAGACGAUCUGUUUUACUGUUAAGAGCAUAUCAUUUCAGGUUUUAUCAUAAGUAUUAUCAAAAUGACAACGAGCAGAGUGA